AUGACCCCUGGACCACCUCGCCACCUGCCGCCGCCACCUUCCACCGCCCUACGUCGUCGCACGACCCCUUGGACCUGCCAGACACAAAAAGCCACCCCUGGACCACUUCGCCACCUGCCGCCGCCACCCUGCGCCCUCUACGUCACCCACAGCGUCGCACGACCCCUUGGACUUGCCAGGACACCACAGCCACCCCAGGUCCCACUUCUGCAACUGCCGCCGCCUCCCUCGAUCGCCUUACGUCACCCUCAGCAUCGCACGACCCCUAUGGACUUCCCAGGACACAACAGCCACCCCAGGUCCCCCGCCGCCGCCAUCCUGCACCACCCUGCGUCGCCCACGGCGUUGCACAAUUCCCACGGACCUGCCCCGAACCCGAGAGCCUGCCUGACCUACAAGACCUCCCCAGCAACCUUGGACUUUGCCACCCGACGGCCCCUGACUGAUUUCUUCUCUUUUCUCUCUCUUUCCCUCCCUCCCUCCCUCCUCCCCACCCCUUUCCCAGCGGGAGAAACUUGCCGUCGGUGUUGA